AUGGCUGAUUCCUCCUUCGAAAUCGACCACUACUCCUACGACCGUUCUCGAAACCAUCGUCACCGCAGGCAACGCAGGCACAGAACAACACCUGCUACUUCACACUAUGCUUCACCUUCAUUUACACAGUUCAGCUCUACUGAAAUAUCCAGGAUUUCUACUCUGCGAAGGACUCCUCGUGGUUUUCGACCAACUCCGUUUGCCUCACAGAAUGAUAUGUCAUGGCAGGGUGAACUUUCAUGGCAGUUUGAGCCCUCAGGGUGGCAAGAUAACCGAAACUUCGGUGCAGUCUUUAGCCCGUGGACACCUGGGACACCAUCAAAUGCCAGUCGAGUUUUUAGAAGAUCUGCCAAUGACUAUUACCUUUCUCGCAGUUAUUAUGGUGGGUUUAGAAGAUUUACAAAUCCAUAUUAUGACUAUAAUUCUAGCUGCAGUGUAGUUACUUCUGGUAGGCUUGAGCUACAAAGCCAUGCUGCUAGAGACAAUGAUCAGACUUUAGUAGUUCAUGUAAAGAACUAUAAUUCAGAUGGUUAUGGAAAAUCCCAUCAUGGGGUUUCAACAUUUCAAACUAAAAAGAAAGAGCCAAUUGGAGGUUUUAGUCCUUUGGCUACAUUGGAUGAACUUAGUGUGACUGAUUAUUACACACCCGAGGAUGCUAAGAGAGAGGUGGCAUGCUUAUCUGAGACUGAAUCUCGUUGGCAUUCAGUUUCACAUGCUUAUAUGGAACUUGAGCAUGAUGGUAUUAGUCAAAUUGAUCAUGGCAUGUCACAUGGAGGGCAUCAUCAUCAUCAUCAUGAUCAUGGGAUAUUACAUGGUGGAGUACUUGAACAUCACCAUUCUGGGCAUCACCGUAUGAGGCAUCAAGUGCAUGAUGAUUGCAAAUCAACUAGCCAUCAUUAUGGUGCUGAAUCUAAUCAUGGAUAUGAUGACAUUGAUUGGAAAUUGAGGUACGGUGGUGAUGAAGAAGAUGAUGAUGAAGAUGAAGAUGAAGAGGAUGAUGAUUAUGAUGAAGAAGCACCAAAGCAAAUUGGGCUGUUUGGUCUGUUCAAGUAUUCAACAAAAUGGGAUGUUGUCCUUGUGAUUUUGGGUUGUUUAGGAGCUCUUAUAAAUGGAGGCGCUCUUCCAUGGUAUUCUUAUCUCUUUGGAGAUUUUGUGAACAAGAUUUCCAAAUUAGAUGACAAAUCCCAAAUGAUGAAGGAUGUAGAGAAGAUUUGUCUACAAAUGACUUUACUAGCAGCAAUAGUUGCGGUUGGAGCAUAUUUAGAGAUAUCUUGUUGGAGAUUAGUGGGGGAACGAUCAGCUCAUCGAAUACGUACCAUUUACUUGCGAGCAGUUCUAGGGCAAGAUAUCAGUUUCUAUGAUACUGAAGUCAGCACAGGUGAUGUUAUGCAUGGAAUUUCAAGUGACGUUGCACAGAUCCAAGAAGUGAUGGGGGAAAAGAUGGCACAUUUCGUCCGUCAGGUAUGUACUUUCAUCUGUGGAUAUACUGUUGGAUUCUUAAGGUCAUGGAAGGUAUCUUUGGUAGUCUUCUCAGUCACUCCAUUGAUGAUGUCCACUGGCAUGGCUUAUAAGGCCAUUUAUGUUGGUCUAGCAACAAAAGAAGAGGUUUCAUAUAAGAAAGCUGGUGGGGUUGCUGAACAAGCUAUUAGUUCAAUUAGAACUGUAAUUUCUUUCGUUGCUGAGGAUCAUUUGGCUGAGAAAUAUGCUGAGUUUUUGGAAAAGUCAGUGCCUAUUGGGGCAAAGAUUGGGUUUGCAAAGGGUAUAGGAAUGGGAGUAAUCUACUUGGUUACAUAUGCAACAUGGGCGUUGGCCUUUUGGUAUGGGGCUAUCUUGGUUUCAAGGGGUGAGAUUACUGGAGGUGCUGCCAUUGCUUGUUUCUUUGGUGUCAAUGUAGGGGGAAGGGGCUUGGCAUUGUCACUGACAUAUUUUGCCCAAUUCGCGCAAGGCAUUGUAGCAGCAGGCAGGGUGUAUGAAAUAAUAGACAGAAUUCCUGAUAUAGAUCCUUACAGUUCCCAAGGAAGGACAUUGUCAAGUGUUCGUGGAAGGAUUGAGUUUAAAAGUGUUACUUUUACUUACCCAUCUCGUCCUGAUACUCUAAUUCUCAACUCUCUCAAUCUCGUCAUUCCAUCUUCAAAGACUCUUGCAUUGGUUGGUGCUAGUGGAGGUGGCAAGUCCACCAUUUUUGCUUUGAUAGAGAGGUUCUACGACCCCAUUAAGGGAGUGAUUACCUUAGAUGGUCAUGAUCUGAAGACACUGCAAGUGAAGUGGCUGAGAGAUCAAAUAGGCAUGGUUGGGCAGGAGCCAGUUCUUUUCGCCACUAGCAUACUAGAAAAUGUGAUGAUGGGGAAGGAAAAUGCCACCAAAAAAGAAGCAAUUAAAGCUUGCAUUGCUGCCAAUGCCCAUAGCUUUAUCUCUGGCCUUCCAUAUGGCUAUGACACUCAGGUUGGAGAUAAAGGAACUCAACUUUCAGGUGGGCAAAAGCAGCGAAUUGCGCUAGCUCGAGCCAUGGUUAAGGACCCUCAAAUCCUUCUUUUAGAUGAGCCCACUAGUGCCUUGGAUGCAGAGUCUGAGUCUAUGGUCCAGCAAGCCAUUGAUAAGACUUCUAAUGGUAGGACAACCAUUGUCAUUGCUCAUAGGCUAGCAACAGUUAGAAAUGCCAAUGCCAUUGUCGUUCUUGAUCGUGGCUCUGUAGUAGAAAUUGGUAACCAUCGCCAGCUAAUGGAAAAGGCCGGUGCUUACUAUAACCUUGUUAAGCUUGCCUCUGAAGCAGUUUCAAAACCUACUGGGAAAGAAAUGGGUGCUUACAGGGAGGCAGAAUAUUCCAUGUACGGAAAAUCAGUAGAUGAUUCGAGAUCAAAGAAUGUGGAGGAGACGUCAAGAUCAACAUUAAGAUCAAGGCACUUGAAAUCUAUGCAUUUGGAGAACCAAACAGAAGAGAAAAUGCAAGAGAAGCCAAAGCCAGGACAAUAUCAACUCUCAGAGAUAUGGAAACUCCAAAGACCAGAAAUUUUCAUGCUUCUUUUUGGCUUCCUUUCUGGUAUGCAUGCAGGUGCAAUUCUCUCAGUCUUUCCUUUCCUUCUUGGGCUUGCCCUUCAAAUCUACUUUGAUCCGAACCCUUCAAAAUUGAAGAGAGAUGUUGGACACAUCUCUUUGGCUCUUUUGGGUCUAGGAAUAGGGUGUAUUCUUACCAUGACAGGCCAGCAAGGUUUUUGUGGAUGGGCAGGAACUAAACUAACAAUGAGAGUAAGAAACCUCUUAUUUCGAUCCAUACUAAAACAAGAACCAGGUUGGUUCGAUUUUGAUGACAAUUCCACGGGAGUACUUGUUUCAAAGCUAUCAAUUGAUUGUAUCAGCUUCAGAUCAGUUCUUGGUGAUCGAAUCUCAGUCUUGUUAAUGGGUUUAUGUUCAGCUGCUGUUGGACUUGGGGUAUCAUUCUACUUGGAAUGGAGACUUACCCUUUUGGCUACUGUUCUAACUCCUUUCACUCUUGGUGCUAGCUACUUGAGCUUGAUCAUAAAUGUUGGGCCAAAGUUAGAUAAUAGCUCUUAUGCCAAAGCUAGCAACAUUGCUGCAGGUGCUGUUUCAAAUAUAAGAACAAUAGCAACCUUUUCUGCCCAAGAACAAAUUGUUAGGUCCUUUGAUAGAGCCUUAGAUGAGCCCAAGAAGAAAUCUGUGAAAAGAUCACAGAUUCUAGGUUUAACACUUGGUUUCUCUCAAGGAGCAAUGUAUGGUGCAUAUACCUUGACCCUUUGGUUUGGUGCCUACCUUGUAAAAGAAGGCAAGACGAACUUUGGUGAGGUGUACAAAAUUUUCCUCAUUCUUGUGUUGAGUUCUUUUUCAGUUGGACAAUUAGCUGGGCUAGCACCAGACACUACCAUGGCCAGGACAGCAAUUCCUGCUAUUUUUGAUAUUAUUUAUCGCAAGCCAUUGAUAGGUAAUGAUCAAGAGAAAGUUAGAAAAAUUGACAGAUCAAAACCACUAGAUAUUGAGCUUAGAAUGGUAUCAUUUGCAUACCCUUCUAGGCCUGAGAUUACUGUGUUGAGGGAUUUUUGUUUGAAGGUCAAAGGAGGUACUAUGGUGGCACUGGUGGGUGGUAGUGGGUCAGGGAAAUCAACUGUUAUAUGGUUGAUACAAAGGUUUUAUGAUCCUGAUCAAGGGAAGGUGACAAUGGGAGGAAUAGAUUUGAGGGAUCUUAAUGUCAAGUGGCUAAGGAGACAAAUAGCUUUGGUGGGUCAAGAGCCUGCUUUAUUUGCUGGAAGUAUAAGAGAAAAUAUUGCAUUUGGAAAUCCCCAAGCUUCAUGGGCUGAGAUCGAGGAGGCUGCAAUGGAAGCUUACAUUCACAAAUUCAUCAGCAGCCUCCCUCAAGGAUAUGGAACCCAGGUGGGUCAGAAUGGGGUUCAACUAUCAGGUGGCCAGAAACAAAGAAUAGCAAUAGCAAGGGCAAUAUUGAAGAGAUCAAGAGUGCUACUGCUAGAUGAAGCAAGUAGUGCAUUGGACUUGGAAUCAGAGAAACAUGUCCAGAAGGCACUAAGGAAGGUCUCCAAGCAAGCCACCACAGUAGUAGUAGCCCACAGGCUAUCUACAAUUAGAGAAGCUGAUAUGAUUGCUGUAGUGAAAGAUGGUGCAGUUGUGGAGUAUGGAAGUCAUGAUGCCCUCUUGAAUUCCCAUCUUAAUGGUGUUUAUGCUGGCUUGGUUCGAGCUGAAACUGAAGCCACUGCAUUUGCUUGA